GUCUAUAAAUCUGUAUUGCCAUUGUCACUGUUUAGGAAAAUCAGCAUAAAUCAUGACAAGAUACUAUCACCAUGAUAUUGUCAUCAUUUUCUUUCUAUGUCUUCCACUCCAUUCAAAUUCUCAAACUAUUGUAGAACAUGGUGAAAAGACCAUCUUUUUAGAGCUCAACCGUUCGUAGGGAAAUUUAUCAGAGUUCCUGAUGGGGAAUCUCAGUUCUUCCCCUUGCAGUUGGUCAGGCUUUUUUUGUUCUCGUGGUCCCCCCUUGCAGGUGGUCAGGCAUUUUUUGUUCUCAUGGUUUUGUCACAGGUAUUAGGUUAUCAGGCAUGAAUCUUAGAGGAAAAAACACAGUCCCGCCGAUCAUUUGUGGGCUUAAACAGCUCAAAAGGAUUGAACUUGUAGAUAUCAACUUACGCGGAGAAUUUCCAAGAGCUCUAUACAACUGCUCAAAGCUGGAAAUUCUUGAUCUUUCUCGGAACCAAUUCCAUGGAACAUUGCCUAAUGACCUUCAUCGAAUGUCUAGCCUAACUCGCUUGGAUCUCACUGGAAACUUCUUCAGUGGCACAAUUCCAGCAGCUGUUGCUCAGCUUUCCAAAUUGCAGGUGCUGCUUCUAGGAAGGAAUAAUUUCCAAGACUCGAUACCCCCAGAGAUUGGAAAUCUUUCAAACCUUACGAUAUUGGAUUUAUCAUACAUGUCGGGAAGAUUUAGUACCAUUCCAAAGGAACUAGGUGAGCUGAAGUACUUGAAAAAACUUAUACUUGCGCGUUCAAAUUUGAUUGGAAACAUACCAGAAACCUUUUCUGGUCUUGCCAGUCUUGAAAAUCUGGAUCUUUCAAGAAAUUAUCUCAAUGGAACAGUUCCAGCUUUUUUGUUUAGUUUAAAAAAUUUGACAUGUUUAGAUCUUCACCAUAAUCAACUUUCUGGCAGCUUACCAACGCCAGUUAAAGAAUCAAAAUUGUCUAGAGUAGAUCUCUCUCGGAACUUUUUAUUUGGAAAAAUCCCACUACAACUUGAUGCAGACAAUUACUAUGACUUCUCUGGUAAUCGUGACCUCUGUACUUCUAAUCCACACCGCGCUCCAUCUCAAUUACCCAUGUGUAAUAAUCAGAAUCACGGUCACAAACACCGCAGAAUCAUGAUCAUACUCUUUCCAGUCGAAGUUGUAGUAAUUGUUCUACUUUUGCUUUUGUGCUAUACUAUGAAGCAAUCAAGGCUUCCCAUGAAUAGACAGUUUUGGAAGAAGCAAAAGAGUGAAGAUUAUCAGUUAAUUCGUUUUGGAAGAAGCUUAGACUUCACGGAAAGUGAUAUUUUGCAGAACUUAACUAAAGAGAAUUUGAUUGGGAGUGGAGGAUCAGGAAAAAUAUAUAGAGUUGGUGUCGAUCCAGAUGGGAGUUAUGUUGCUGUCAAAAGAAUAUGCAAUGAAAACCAAUUGGACCAGAGACUGGAGAAACAGUUUCUUGCAGAAGUUCAAAUAUUGGGUGGGAUUCGACAUGCUAACAUCGUUAAGCUGAUUUGCUGCAUUUACAAUGAGAACUCAAAACUUCUGGUUUAUGAGUACAUGAAAAAUCAAAGCUUAGACAAAUGGUUACAUCACAAGAAAAGAAGUGCAUUAUCGGUCAGUCAAGUUCAAGACACUGUCUUGAGAUGGAAUAUUAGGCUGCGCAUAGCAAUUGGAGCAGCACUUGGUCUUUGUUAUAUGCACCAUGAUUGCUCCCCUCCUAUCAUUCAUCGAGACAUUAAAUCAAGUAAUAUCCUUCUUGAUGAUGAAUUGAACCCCAAAAUUGCAGAUUUUGGACUGGCAAAAGUUGUAUCUCAGCGUGGAGAUCAUCACACUGAGACAGCUUCUGCAGUUGCUGGUACUUUUGGUUACAUUGCUCCAGGUACUUAUUGUCUUCUUAGCUCCAUGACCAAUUUUACUUCUUAUUUUCUUUGUUCAUCUGAAAUUACAUAUCUUUUGUCUGAAUUUCACUCAGAGUAUGCUUAUACAAGGAAGGUGAAUACGAAGAGCGAUGUCUAUAGCUUUGGUGUGGUGUUAUUGGAGCUAGCUACGGGGAAGGAACCCGUUAACAAAAAUGAACAUAUGAACCUAGCACAAUGGGCGUGGAAGCACUGUGAAGAAGGCAGCCCCAUUGUUGAUGUUCUUGAUAACGAAAUCAUGGAACCAGCAGUCUUGAAAGCUAUGACUGCUGUCUUUAAAUUAGGACUAAUGUGUACUAACAAGUUAGCAUAUUCUAGGCCGUCCAUGACGGAACUACUGCAAACUCUUCUACUCUUUGAUUACUAGCUGCUUAUUCAAGAAAUGGAGAUGAUGGUUACUCCUUGCUGAUCAAAUGUAGAUUUGCCUUUAAGAGAGGAUAAUAUUAAUGGAUUCUUCCAUUGAGUUUGAUUUUUAAAAAUUUAAAUAC